AAAAAUAUACCAAAAAAAAAACAAAAAAAGUUGAUGAAUGAAGCCCAAUUCCAUGUGAGCUUGUUUGCUUGUUUCUUUGUCCUGUCUUUUGCGCGAGACACAGAUUCACACAGAGACAGAGAGUAAAAACCCUAAUUCAUUGGCUUUGCAUCUGUUACAUAUAAUAACCAACGGUUUCAAUUAUUCAAUACGGGUCGUGCACAUUUGGCGCUUCAGAGUUUUGGUUGAAGUUUCACUAGCUGUGUUUGCUUACAUGGAUCCUAAUGGUUCUAUUGAUGAUAAGUGUGACAAUAGACUCUACAUUGGCAAUCUUGAUCUUAGAAUUACAGAAGCUGCUCUACUCAAAAUGUUUAAUCCAUAUGGAAAGAUAGUGUCCGAGGACUUCCUGUGGCACACUCGUGGCCCAAAACGUGGGGAACCACGUGGUUUUGCUUUUGUUCAGUAUAGCACAAAAGAGGAAGCAAUAUUGGCCAAGGAGAAAAUGCACGGGAAGCUAGCUUGCGGCCGGCCAUUGGUUGUUCGCCUUGCAAGUGAGAGAUAUGCACUAGAAACACCCUCUAGCUCUACAAAAGCAGUUGGUGAAGGGCACAAGUUGCAUCUCACUGGCGGUGGCACGGGACAGACGAGUCGUAGUGCGAAAAUAGCUGCAAUAAAGAACAAAUUGAAGUCCUUAGAGGAAGAUAACUCUAGGACCAAGAAGCAGAAGCAGAGUGACAAUAUAUCUUGAAUCAAUUUUGUUAUAUUACAACAUGUAGAAUCAUGGGAAUAUUCUGUGGCUUAUGAAUUGAAUAUGAUGAAGUUGUUUGUAACAUCAUUUUAAUUGCAAUUUAUAUAUAUUUUAUUUUUGCUUUGAAAAUACCAUAAA